AUGGCUAAUUAGUAAAAAAAAAAAGUACUAAAAUAUAAUUUAUAUAUAUAUACUAAAAUAUAUUAAAGUUUAUGUUUUGAAGAAUUCGAUAAAUUGAAAAUAUUAAAUAUUAUAAUCGAGUUUUUUUUUCUUGGAGAUAUUGUUUUGAGGUUUUUUCAUGAAUAUAAAGACCAUGAGUCUUAAGAAACAGUAAGCGAUAUAAGGCUUAUAGCCAAAAGAUAUUUAAAAUUUUGGUUUUGGAUUGAUUUUACAGCUAUUUUGCCUUUUGAGUAUUUAGUUUAGUCUGGUCCGAGUUUAAAAUUAAUAAGAUUUUUUCGAAUGCCAAAGUUUUUAAGGCUUUUGGAAAUUUCAAAAAUGGACGAAAUUUUAAACUAAUUGCUUGAAUAAUUUUCUUAAAAAUAAAAAAUGACUUAUUUGUUUCUUUUAAGAUAUUUAUAUAAAUUUUUAAGUUUUAUGCUUUUUGCAAUUACAUUAACUUAUUUUGUUGCAUGUAUUUGGUAUAUUGUAAUCACUUCAAAUAUAGGAGAUGGAAAAACACUUAGUUUUUAUGAAAAAUUUGGAUUAUAUAAUUACCCAGACAGUAAAAGAUUGAUCAUAUGUUGUUAUUUUGUGAUGACUACUUUAGCAACAGUUGGUUAUGGCGAUUUUUCUCCUUAAACAAAUUUCGAAAAGAUAAUUGGGAUAAUUAUUAUGAUUUUAGGUAUAGCUUUUUUUUCUUAUAUUAUAGGAAAUUUUACUGAUGUAUUGGCUAGUUAAAAAAAAUUAGGAGAAGGAUAAAAAAGUUCAGAUUUAUAAAGAUGGAUUACUUCUUUAACUAAAUUUAAUUCUAAGAGUUUACCUUAGUCUCUUAUGUAAAAAAUUGAUUGCCAUUUUAAUUAUUUUUGGAAACAUGAUAGACUUUGUGAUUUAAAGAUUGAUGAUAAUUAUUUAUAAAUGAUGCCGAAACCUAUUAGGAAGGAAUUACUCAAUUACCUUUUUAAUGAUAUUUUUAAACUAUUUAGGAGAUUUUUUCAUAUUUCAGAUUUUAGAGAUUCUAAUUUUUACUAUGAAAUUGCUUUCAAAUUAUUGCCAAGAAAAUAUAAUAGAGGAGAGUCGAUCCUUAAACAAGGCGAUGAAUUUUAAGAAAUAUAUUUUAUUUUAGAAGGAUAGGUCAUGUUUUAUUUUUAAUAUAAUGGUAAGAAAGUGUCUCAUAUAUUAAAUAGAGGAUCUUAUUUUGGAGAUUAUAAUUGCUUUUCUGGAAAUUGUAGUGAAUAUAAUUAUGUAGCUGAUGCUUUUGUAAAAGUAUUGGCUAUUCCAAAACAUUAGAUAAUGAAAAUACUAUAAAAAUACUAGUCAAUUUAAAGUAUUAUUGAAAAAUAUUACAAAGUAGAAGAAUAAGAAGACAAAUAAUAAUCAUAAGUUCCUUAAAAUUUAUAAGAUGAAAAAAAUUAUUAUUAAUCUUUAAUAUCAAAAGGAUUUAAUUCGCAUAUUAUAGAUUAAAAUAACAGUGUCGAUGAAACUUUGUAAAUUUAAAAAUUAUAUAUGGAAAAAAUGCAAUAAAAAUCAUAAAUAGUAAUGUAAAAUUUAAAUUCUUUUGUAUUAGAUCUUAAUAUAGGAUUUGAAUUAAAAAAAUUUGGUAACUAGAUAAAAGUCGAAUUAAAUAAUGCUAUUUAAGAAAUUAAGAAUUAGAAAGUAUAACCUUAAGAAAAUUUAAGAAACUAUAUUAUUUAAAAUCUAGAUAAAUCAGGAAUGCCAAAAUAAGAUGUAAUAUUCAAAUUCGAAUUCGAAAUAAAACAAACAAAUUUAUAAAACUUUGUUUUAAUGUGGGAAUGGUUUUCACAAGAAACAUCAAAAACUGAAAGAUACGAUGCACAAUUAAUUGAGAAUUGGGCAAAAAAAGAUCCAAAUGAUGAUUUCAAAUUAAAAAUUUCAGCAGAUAAGCCUUUACUUUUAUCUUUAUAUAAACACUAUAUAAAUCCUAUGGAAAUCGAAAUUAUAGGUGCAAAGGAUUUACCAGUUUCAAAUGAUAAAAAUUAUGAACUGUGUUAUGUUUAGUACUAAUUUUUUGACGGCACUUAAGUCAAAACUAGUGGAAAAUUAUUAAAAAAUACUAUAAAAUGGUAAGAAAAACAUGUAUUUUUAUGUGGAAUGAUGGAUUAAGUGGAAUUAGUUGAGAAAAUAAGUUCAAGUUUUUUAAAAUUAGAAUUACAUGAUAAAGAUGAAAUAAUAGACACCAAAAUAAAAUAAGAGUUAGCCCUUAUAGAUAUAGAGUAAAAAAUUCUAGAAGAAAAGGAAAAAAACAAACCCCAAAUUGAAGAAACUGGAAAAGGAGGUAAAAAAGUUGCCAAAAAAGAUGUGAAAAAAGAUGAUGAAAAAAGAAGCUCCAAAGAAAGAUGCUGCUAAGAAAAAAGGAGAUGUAAAAGUAGAACCUAUAAAGGAAGAAGCCUAAAAUAAGGAAGUUUAGAGGAACAAUUUUGGAGUUUCAUGCUUUUUUUUGAGUGA